AUGCCCGCGGCAUAUCCAGAAUGGAGGACUACCAUCAGCGCCAUCAGCAUCAGCGUGAUAACCAUCAGCACCCUCGUGGUCUGCGCACGCAUCGCCUUGGGGAUUCUACAGCGCCGGUCGCAGUCCCGCCGCUUGGCCGUGCUCCUGACCGGCGAAGAGGCCUGGCUGCUGACCGCACACAUAUUCUCACUGGCGACGGCCGCCCUGUAUCUGAUCAUAACAUUUUUCUGGGCGAAACUCGUCGGGCAGGCGCCGGGCGGCGUGGUGACCACCGUCUCGGAAGACGACUUCAGAUUCAUGUCGUAUCGCCUCUCCGCUGUCGCUCUCUGCUUCUUCUCGAGCCUCUGGGCGGCAAAGUUUAGCUUCCUGUGGAUGUACAGGCCACUCUUCAGGGAUAUGCCCGUGUGUCGAAUCUUGUGGUAUAUCUUGCUGGCCUUUUGCGUUAUUUUGUUGCUUGGUUGCUACAUAUCCGUCUUCACUGUGUGCUCCACGUUGGAAGCAUCCUUGGACGGCGGUGGAACCUGCAAGACUCCCUUCAACACUCCACGCGGCGCUGUAACCUUUUGGUAUUCCUACAUAUGUAACAUCCUGACCGACGUAUUGAUCAUGGCUUUCCCAAUGCAACUAUUGAGACACCUGCGUCUGCCGUUUGCUCGCAAGGUGGGCGUUACCUGCCUGUUCUGCGCCGGCUGGGUCUGCAUGAUCAUCUCCUCGGUGCGCGCGUGGCAGCUGAACAAAGUCGUGGGCCAGCCAGAGUUGCAGUGGCUUGCGCUCUGGGGGACAAUCGAGACUUCGGUUGUUAGCGCUCCCGGGAUAUACCGCGCGGUGAAUGCUUUGACGAGGGCCCGAAGCACGAGACAACACUUCAACAUGCGUCGUUCUCAAUUUAAUCGACGUAAUCCAAAUGACGAUGUUGAACUUACUGCCUCUCUGCAGAAAAGCAGCAUAGCAACGAGUUGUACAAGUGAGCCACUCCAGUCUGAUAACCUGGGGAGCAAGAGCUAG